AAUUUUAUGUUUUUAAUUAUCCAUUGUUUUGAGAAUAUACAGUUAUGGCCAAACAACCGCCAGCGGAGAGAUAUAUUCCAAAUGCACUGAAAUUCGCAUUUGGAGGACUUUCUGGCAUGGCAGCAACUUGUGUGGUGCAGCCACUGGACUUGAUAAAAACAAGAAUGCAACUAGGCGGUGGUAACAAGUCUUCUUUCACGGUCGGGAAGGAGAUCAUAGCUAAGGAGGGACUCCUCGCAAUAUACUCUGGUCUCUCUGCCGGUCUACUAAGACAAGCUACCUACACAACUACCCGAUUAGGAGUUUUUAACUAUCUCUUUGACACGUAUAAGGAAACAAACAAGACAGCGCCCGGUUUUGGUAUAAAAACUCUGAUGGGUGUGGCCGCGGGUUCUAUAGGCGCGUUCGUGGGCACCCCGGCGGAGGUGGCCCUCAUCCGCAUGACGGCUGACGGGAGACUGCCCAAGGAACAGAGGAGGAACUACAAGAACGUGGCCGAUGCUUUGUUGAGAAUAAUAAGAGAAGAGGGUGUACUUAAACUAUGGCGGGGCGCCACGCCCACCGUCGCCCGCGCCAUGGUGGUCAACGCGGCGCAACUUGGCACAUAUUCACAGGCUCGUGAGAUGUUCCUGGCGUUAGUACCAGACGGCAUUGGACUCCAUUUCUGUGCGUCUAUGGUGUCAGGUCUCAUCACCACGAUCGCGUCUAUGCCUGUGGACAUCAUCAAGACCAGAAUUCAAAAUGCUGCCAAAGGCCAGAGUCAGGUGACCGUGGUUACAGACCUGCUUCGCAAAGAGGGCGUGCUAUCUCUCUGGAAGGGCUUCCUGCCGUACUACGCCCGUCUGGGACCACACACCGUGUUGACAUUCAUCUUUUUGGAGCAAAUGAACGCUGCCUACUUCAAGUAUACAGCGCAAUGAUUCAAAUGCGGGUAGUUUGUGUAAGAUGUUUUGUAGCUGCGCGCGCAGAGAAUACGUGGAGUUCCUUUUUUAAAUUGCCAAAGUUUUUGUAAAGUUUUGUAUUUUUAUCAACUACUAGUAUUCUCUGCCUACCCCGCCGGGAAGAAGGCGUGAUUUUAUGUAUGUAGUAUUCUGUAUUGAUAGCAGUAUUCUGUUACGUCUUCGCAUCCUUAUUCUGGUAGAUGUUAACCGACAUUCUACAGUAAAUCGGUUCUUUUGCUAUUACUACUUAUUUCACUUUUCAAGAAUAUGCAUUUUUGAAUCGUCUUUUUGUUUCUGUGUUUAUUGAUUUAUUGUAAGGA